AAAUUUGAUUUGUUAGUUUUAAAAAUAGCCUUAGAAGCAUCUUCUAGAUUUUUGAAUUGAACAAAUCCACAUCCUACAAGUUUUCCAUCAGGACGCUUUAAAAGUUUUACUUCUUCCAGUUCUCCAAAUGGUUCAUAAAGACGCCGAAAAUCUGAUUCUGUGACCUAAGAACAAAUAGGUUUACAAAGAUAUUUUAUUGAACUAUCUAAGAUUCAUCAUUAUUAUUGAAAUUUCUUAAAAUACUUACAUUAAAAGAAAGAUUGCGAACAACAAUUCUCGCUUUCUUAGCCUGUGCAAGACUAUUGUCUUCUACACGUUUUUUAACGAUUCCAGCCCUCUUUUUAUACUUGUAGGAUCGUGAGAGGUUAUUCCUGAACUUUGACGGACCUGCACAUGAAUAAAUAACGUUUUUAUCAACAAAACUUAUGAUUGACUUAAAAUUAGUUUCCGUGUAGAAAUCGCAAGUUUUAACAACAAUAAAUACCUCUAUCUGUUUUGGCCAUGACUGCAGUCUAUUAUCAAGUUUCCACAACUUAAAACAGUUGUAUUUUAUGAACAAUAUAUCCAACAAUAACAAAAAUUAAACUAUUCGUAUAAAUAACAUACGAUUUCAGGUUAGAUUAUUCAUCCGCGUGGUAAACCGCUACUACAAUCAACCCCGUCGCAUCUGACCUUCUUUUAGAUAAAAGAUUGAAAGAUGACCAUUAGUUGAAACAGCUGUGACAGCAAAAAUGUAAACUUAUUGCAGAUAAAAAGAUGAAAAGACGAAGAGACAGCGCUAGCGCCAAUUCCGCGCGUGUUGUGUUGAUGUGACUUCUUUUAGGUUACGUUCGUUUUCGGUCCACGUGACAGCGUGUUUAUACCCUGUCGGCUUUCGAGAAAUAAAGUAAACCAACGAUGCAGGUAGACGGCGAUUCCGAAAAUGCGGAGGAAAUCAAGAGGGUUUUGACGCGCUUCAAAUCGGACACUGGAGAAGUUCUACCUGGUGGUCUACUCGAUCUGCCCGUUAAUGUCACCGUGGACAAGCUGCAGCUGAUUGUCAACGCGUUGCUCCAACAGGAAGAUCCUGUGCCGCUUGCUUUUUUUAUCAAUGAUGUGCAAAUCACAGAGUCCUUGGAGGAAAAUAUCAAAGAGUUUAACACUAGCGAAGAUGUGGUCGAAAUCGUUUAUCAGCCUCAGGCUAUUUUCCAAGUUAGGGCUGUCACACGGUGCACUGGCACUCUGGAGGGUCACAAAGAAGCAGUGGUCUCAGUUGCAUUUUCACCCAAUGGACAGACGCUGGCUAGUGGCUCGGGUGAUACCACAGUGAGAUUAUGGGAUGUAUACACACAGACUCCGACCUUCACGUGUACAGGUCACAAGCACUGGGUUCUCUGUUUGGCCUGGUCUCCUUGCGGGACAAAGGUAGCUUCUGCUUGUAAAAAUGGCAGAAUCAUCCUCUGGGAUCCAGAAACAGGCAAACAGUUGGGCAAAGACAUGGUAGGCCACAAAAUGUGGGUGACAUCUCUAUCUUGGGAACCAUAUCAUCAAAAUCCAGAAUGUAGAAGACUUAUCAGUGCCUCUAAAGACAGCGAUUUGAGGAUAUGGGACACAAAACUUGGCCAAACAUUAUUGGUGUUGGCUGGUCAUACAAAAAGUGUAACUUGUGUCAAGUGGGGUGGUAGGGGAUUAAUUUAUUCAGCCUCUCAAGAUAGGACUAUUAAAGUGUGGAGAGCAGAGGAUGGAGUGCUCUGUAGAACACUAGAAGGUCACGGACACUGGGUUAAUACCUUGGCUUUAAAUGUUGAUUAUGUUCUCAGAGUUGGACCUUUUUGUAUUGUGCCUGAUAAAAACAAGGAAGAGAUCACUCCUCAGGCAUAUGCAUUAAAAGAAUAUGAAAAUGUCGGUGAAGAAAAGCUUGUGUCUGGCUCAGACGACUUCACGUUAUUUUUAUGGAAGCCUGAGAAAGAAAAAAAACCACUCGCAAGAAUGACGGGGCAUCAACAACUCAUCAAUGACGUCAAAUUCUCGCCAGAUGGUCGAUUAAUCGCUUCUGCGUCUUUCGACAAAUCUGUAAAACUGUGGGACUCCAAUACUGGGAAAUACAUAACUUCUCUGAGAGGUCACGUGCAGGCAGUUUAUUCCGUGGCUUGGAGUGCAGAUUCGCGACUUCUUGUGAGCGGCAGUGCCGAUUCCACUUUGAAAGUUUGGAGUAUGAAGACGAAACAGUUGAGUCAAGAUUUACCAGGGCAUGGAGACGAAGUCUACGCCGUCGACUGGGCUCCCGAUGGCAUUCGAGUCGCCUCAGGAGGAAAGGAUAAAGUUCUGCGACUUUGGCAGAAUUAAAAGGUUUGGAGUAAAUAAAAUACAUAGAUAAAAUCAUGAAUCCAUUGUUCUUUAUAAUUUUAUUUUUAUUGAGAAAAUAUAUGUAUAUACAAUAUUUUUUAAAUUUUACGAUUUAAAAAAUAAACGUUACUUGCCAAUGUCGACUCGGACAUGGAAUGUAAUUAUUGUACAUUUUUAAGGCACACGUGUAAAAAUAACAAAUAAAAAUGAUUUUUUACGUAA